AUGCUGGACGGACUGAAGAUGGAGGAGAGUUUGCAGAGCGCCCUGGACCCCGCGGCCCCCUUCUCCUCCCUGCUGGGCAGAGCUGCGACCCCCAAGUCGGUGUGCGAAGGGUGCCAGCGAGUUAUUUCGGACCGGUUCCUGCUGCGCCUGAACGACAGCCUGUGGCAUGAGCAGUGCGUCCAGUGCGCGUCCUGCAAGGAGCCCCUGCAGACCACCUGCUUCUACCGCGACAAGAAGCUCUACUGCAAGCUGGACUACGAGAAGCUCUUCGCGGUGAAGUGCGCCGGGUGCCUGGAGGCCAUCGCGCCCAGCGAGCUGGUGAUGCGCGCCCAGAAGAGCGUCUACCACCUGCGCUGCUUCUGCUGCUGCGUCUGCGAGCGGCGCCUGCAGAAGGGCGACGAGUUUGUGCUGAAGGAGGGGCAGCUCCUCUGUAAGGGCGACUACGAGAAGGAGCGGGAGCUGCUGAGCUUGGUGAGCCCGGCUCUGUCGGAUUCUGGCAAAAGUGAUGAUGAAGACAGCAUCUGCAAAAUGGGCCAAGCCUCGGGGAAGGGCACCGAGGAUGGGAAGGAUCACAAGCGGCCCAAGAGACCCCGGACGAUCCUGACAACGCAGCAGCGGAGAGCGUUCAAGGCAUCGUUUGAGGUCUCCUCCAAGCCCUGCAGGAAGGUGAGGGAGACGCUGGCGGCCGAGACGGGGCUGAGCGUCCGCGUGGUGCAGGUCUGGUUCCAGAACCAGCGAGCAAAGAUGAAGAAGCUCGCCAGGAGGCAGCAGCAGCAGCAGCAGGAUCAGCAAAACACACAGCGCCUGAGCUCAGCCCAGACGAACGGCGGUGGCAGCGCGGGGCUGGAGGGGAUGCUGAACCCCUACACCACUCUGCCCCCACCCCAGCAGCUGCUGGGCAUGGAGCAAAGCGUCUACGGCUCUGACCCCUUCCGGCAAGGGCUCACCCCACCGCAGAUGCCCGGAGACCACAUGCACCCCUACGGUGCCGAGCCCCUCUUCCACGACUUGGAUAGCGAUGAUACCUCACUGAGCAACCUGGGUGACUGCUUCCUCGCCACGGCGGACACGGGGCCACUCCAGGCACGAGUGGGGAACCCCAUCGACCACCUCUACUCCAUGCAGAACUCCUACUUCACCUCCUGA